CGCUCCGGCGUGAGACGCUCGCCGCGCAACCUGCGAGUCGCCGCGACCGGCCCGGCGAAGAAGCACUUUGGACGGCCGGUUCGAUUGUGACGCAGUCUCAAUUCGCGUCUCCCCACGCGGACCCCGCCCCUCGACGCUCUCUUCCUACGCACGCGGGCCGCCCUGCGACUUCCGCACUGCGACACUUGGCCUUGGCCCCGCCCCGGCCGGCGUCUCGAGCGUGCGCACUCGCCUUUCCCGCCGGCCGCACGUCCGCCGUGCGUCAAGAUGGCUGCCUCCUCGCGACACACGCUGCUUAGGCUAUCUCCUACGCUCUUACGAAGUUACUAUGGCGGUCAGGUUCCCCUCCAGACUCUUUGCACCAAAGGUCCUCCUGAAGAAGAUUCUCCAUCCUCACUUCCUGUUUCCCCUUAUGAGAACGAACCUUGGAAAUACCUGGAGUCAGAAGAAUACCAGAACCGCUAUGGCUCUCGCCCUGUCUGGGCUGGCUACCGCCGCAACCACAAAGGCGGGGUGCCGCCACAACGGACCCGGAAGACGUGCAGUCGUAAAGAUAAAAUUGCUGGGAAUCCUUGCCCCAUCUGCCGGGACCACAAAUUGCAUGUUGACUUUAGGCUCUGCUGCGGUGUGCCACGACCCUGGGUGUGUGAGGUGUGUGCUCUCAGCCUACAGAGGUCUUGGCAGCCCCUCACACGUUUCUCCUUCCCUGCAGAAUGUGAAACUCCUGGAACAGUUUGUUUGUGCCCACUCAGGCAUCAUCUUCCACGCUCCAUACACAGGGGUCUGUAUGAAGCAGCACAAGAGGCUGACUGAGGCCAUCCAGAAAGCCAGGGAGUGUGGUCUUCUCAGGUGCUACGUUCCCCAGGUAGAGCCCCGAGAUGCUGACUUCUGCACCGCACAUGGCGCUGUCAGUGUCACCCCGCCAGCCCCCGCGCUGCUGUCAGGGGAACCGUGGUACCCCUGGUACAGGUGGCAGCAGCCCCCAGAGAGAGAGCUGUCUCGCCUUCGCCGCCUUUAUCAGGGAAACCUCCGAGAAGAAAGUGGACCCCCACCUGAGUCAAUGCCGGAGGUGCCCGCCACACCAGCAGCAGCAGCCUCCGAGGAGCAGACCGGCUCCCUUAGUGCUUAGAACUUGUGACCUGGGAAGAGGUCAAGAGGUUAGGGGAGCAGUGACUAUGGUUACGUGCGGCACCGUGUCUGUUUGGUGACAGCGGCAGACCCUAAGAGGAAGUGACUGCCGUUGAAGAGGCUGAGAGCAGUCUAGGUGUUUAUGAGACACUGAGCAGGCUCACUUGACUCCUGUGUCCCUUGAUGCUAUGUCCCUUCUUAAAACCUGUGGCCCAGCUUCUCCACAAUAAAGCUAUGUCGCCUCUU